ACCUAGAAAGUAAUACAGUAUUUAUUCUCUUUACUCUCGAAAGACGCGACGACGGAGACGGUUCCGAGAAUCUAGAAACGGAAAACCGUUUAUCACUUUAUCGAAAGUAGCGGCGGCAGCCACCCUGCGACGGUGUUAUCACGGCCCAGCAUACAAAAUGUUUUGACCAGACGCUGAAUUUUCUCAACCAUUCAUCUCUACUCUGCACUAAUUUGUUUUUCGUGUUCUUCAAUCAAUUAAACUAAACCUUUCAAACCCUAACAAUGGCCACGGAUGCAUCCGAAGAACACAAAAAAUUCGAAGACGAUUACUCACCUUCAUCAACCGUCAUCAAAUUCGACCGUCCAAUUCCCUUACUUCGAGGUCCGUUACCGGCGAGUCCUUCCGACGAUCCAUCGGCGGGUCCAUACGUUUUAGCAUUCAGAGACUCACAAGCUUGGGCUUCUUCAUUCAAAGCCUGUGAGCGGAAAAUCAUUCAGCAAUGUGAGCAAGGGGCAAGGAUUGGUUGCGCAAUUAACGCUUCAAGCAAAUGUAAGCCUCCUUGGUGGAAGGCUCUGUCAGCUCCCAAACUCUCCGAUAUGAAGGAACGAGAGAUUUGCGAGGUGCGCGAGAUGGAGGAGUGUUUCGCUGAAGCGAAGGAGAAGUGUGUUGGUUUCGCGAAGGAUAAGUGUUUGGUUCCUUUUAGGGAUGCAAGGAUUAAGGUUGGGAAAGGGGUUUUGAAUUUGAAGGAAGCUGUGAAGUUGAUUGAUUGGGUUUCAAUGCCAAGGAAUCAAAUGAGUUCUAAGUGUUUGAUUGGUGGUGAAUUUGGCGUGAAUAAUCGAAGGGCUGGUGAAUUGAUUGGUUCGGAUGAUUGUGUGCAAGGCAUUUUGGGUGAGAGGCAACAAGGCGCCCCUAAUUAAAAAACGAUGACGUGGAAUCCAAUACCCGAGAACGUUAUCAGAAUUGCCAUCUCAUAGAGCUUAGCAAAUCAAAGUAUCCAGGUUUUUCUUCCCUCUAAUUUUUUAUUUAUGCUAGCUUUUGUUUCUUAGCAAGUUACAUAUAGAAAGAGGUCUUUCUGUAGUCACAUCAUAACUUGAAAAAAGAAAACUUUAUAGUCCCAUCUAUUUCGACAUUUCAUAAAGAGGUUAAAUUCUGUCUUAUUGUUCCUCAGUUUGGCCAAUUUUUAACCCUAUUCUAUGGAAACCUGAAUUUUAUGGAGUGCAACCAUAAUAUACUUAUCCCCAAUCAUAGACACACACAGACAUAAUGUUGAAAGGGGUUUAAUUAUUAAGUCCCAUCUAUAUAUAGAUCAACUAGGUAGCUUAACUCCAAGGUGUAAAAUUUGAGUUUGCAAUUUCAGAUUGACUUGCCCUAGAUGUUUGGUUUGGAGCGGAGCUUCAUUGUUUGCCUACUGAUUAAUGUUGGUUAAGUAGACAUUGUGUUUUAUAGCCUUGUUGGUGUCUUUGGUCAAGAGUUCAGCCUUAUGCUGAGAUGUGAGAAUUGUUGUAUUCUGUAGAUAUUUACUGAUUGAUAUACUGGUACUGUCUCUGAGUUGCCUCCUGUCUGUCUGUACUCUGUAUGCAUCGGAUGGCUAAGGACUUAUGGCGAUUUUAAUUGAGAAGUUAAAUAGUUUAGUGGUUCCUUUAA